CCACAACGAACAUCAAAUUGACCCGGUCCAUCUUCAAUCCUCACGUCGACAACCCGUACGAUACGACACGAAGCCGCACCACCAUGUCGUCCAAGGUCAAGGCUGGUCAGCUCUGGGGAAAGAGCAAGGAUGAUCUCAACAAGCAGCUGGAGGAAUUGAAGACCGAGCUGUCCCAGCUUCGUGUCCAGAAGAUCACCAACGGUGCUUCCUCCAAGACCCUGAGAAUCCACGACGUUCGCAAGUCGAUCGCUCGCGUUCUCACCGUCAUCAACGCCAACCAGCGCGCCCAGCUCCGCCUGUUCUACAAGAACAAGACCUACACUCCCCUGGACCUCCGCCCCAAGCUCACCCGUGCUCUCCGCCGCAAGCUCACCAAGCACGAGGCUACCCUCAAGACCGAGCGCAAGCGCAAGCAGCAGAUCCACUUCCCCCAGCGGAAGUACGCUGUUAAGGCUUAAAUUUCAUAACGCGGUCGUAUCUGGAUCUGGAUGGAGUUACGGGAACGUCGUUUAAAGAUGACGGGGUUGACCUAACCUUAAAAGAAAUUGAUUAUGUAUCUUAGAAGGAAAAGAUGCAGAUCGAUGUUAAAUGAAGGCCUUACUUGACAUGAUGACAUGCACGAUUCAAGACUUGCUGUGGCACAGUGACUGCAAAGUAGACCCAACCUGCCCCGACCUGGCUUGGUGAUUAGGGGGGUUGGUUGUUUAGCGACUUACGGUUCGGUCGGCUCAGACUUUGCAACGCUACUUGGUG